GACGAUUUACGUGCAAGGGGAUUUGGCUCACUGUGUGUCUAUAGGUGUUUAGUGUAUGUUACUUGGUUUCAGAAAAAAUGUCUAUCGAAAUUGAGUCGUCUGAUGUCAUCCGGCUUAUCAUGCAGUACCUAAAAGAAAAUAGUUUGCACCGUACUUUAGCAACAUUGCAAGAAGAGACCACUGUGUCCUUAAACACUGUGGAUAGUAUUGAGAGCUUUGUGGCUGACAUCAAUAGUGGUCAUUGGGAUACAGUGCUUCAAGCAAUUCAGUCACUGAAGCUGCCAGACAAGACACUCAUCGACCUCUAUGAACAGGUUGUAUUAGAACUAAUUGAACUUCGUGAGCUGGGAGCCGCCAGAUCCCUUCUGAGGCAAACAGACCCAAUGAUAAUGUUAAAACAGAACCAAUCAGAAAGAUAUAUUCAUCUUGAGAACUUACUGGCCAGAUCAUAUUUUGACCCACGAGAGGCAUACCCAGAUGGCAGCAGCAAAGAAAAAAGGCGAACAGCAAUAGCUCAGGCAUUGGCUGGGGAAGUGAGUGUUGUACCUCCAUCACGUCUCAUGGCACUGCUUGGUCAGGCAUUAAAAUGGCAGCAGCAUCAGGGUCUUCUGCCUCCAGGUAUGACCAUUGAUUUGUUCAGAGGUAAAGCUGCUGUGAAAGACGUAGAGGAAGAGAAGUUCCCUACACAACUUAGUAGGCAUAUUAAGUUUGGACAGAAAUCACAUGUUGAAUGUGCUCGAUUUUCACCUGAUGGUCAGUACUUGGUUACUGGAUCUGUUGAUGGAUUUAUUGAAGUCUGGAAUUUCACCACUGGAAAAAUUAGAAAGGAUCUUAAAUACCAGGCUCAGGACAACUUUAUGAUGAUGGAUGAUGCUGUGUUAUGUAUGUGCUUCAGUAGAGAUACCGAGAUGUUGGCGACAGGAGCUCAGGAUGGCAAAAUAAAGGUGUGGAAAAUCCAGAGUGGACAGUGUUUGAGGAGGUUUGAACGUGCUCAUAGUAAAGGUGUCACAUGUCUUAGUUUUUCCAAAGACAGUAGUCAGAUUCUUAGUGCUUCAUUUGACCAAACUAUUAGGAUUCACGGCCUGAAAUCUGGAAAAACACUAAAGGAAUUCAGAGGACAUUCCUCAUUUGUGAAUGAAGCAACAUUUACUCAAGAUGGUCAUUAUAUUAUCAGUGCUUCAUCUGAUGGCACAGUAAAGAUAUGGAACAUGAAGACUACUGAGUGCUCAAAUACCUUUAAAUCACUUGGUAGUACAGCUGGAACAGACAUCACUGUAAACAGUGUCAUUCUUCUGCCAAAAAAUCCAGAGCAUUUUGUUGUGUGUAACCGGUCCAACACAGUAGUGAUUAUGAACAUGCAGGGACAAAUUGUAAGAAGCUUUAGCUCUGGUAAGAGAGAAGGUGGAGACUUUGUAUGUUGCACCUUGUCGCCCAGAGGAGAGUGGAUUUACUGUGUUGGUGAGGAUUUUGUGCUCUACUGCUUCAGCACGGUGACAGGAAAACUGGAAAGAACAUUGACUGUGCAUGAAAAAGAUGUUAUUGGAAUAGCUCAUCACCCACAUCAGAAUUUGAUUGGUACUUAUAGUGAAGAUGGACUCCUCAAACUGUGGAAGCCGUAGUGCGUCUGGUCCUUAUUCUACUCUUCUUUGCUUCAUGGGAAUAUUGCCAUUUCAGUGAAACUUUUUCUUUUUUAUGUUUCAAAACAGUGACUAAAAAUGUACCGUGGUACAUGUUGGGUAUUAAUUCCAAGGAGCUAAAAAAAGUGAAGCAUCCCAACUACAUAAUUUUUAUGUCACAUUAUAGUUGGUUGAAAUAUUUUCUGUUUGCUUUGAAGAAGAAGAGCUUUAAAAAUUUGGACCAUGUACUGCCUCACAGUAAGGCUUUUUGUUGCCUCUGGGCCUGCAUUAUAAACUUACAUACAUUGUCCCUAAUAAACAGUGACUAGCACCUAUUUUUUUCGUUUUCCCCUGAAGGAAACUGGCAUUUUGCCUAUAUUUUAAUUUUUUUCUUCAUUUGCUGUCAUUUACUGUGUCAGGAUGCAUAUUAUUCCCUGCGUGUUUCAUUGACCGUUGGAUUGUGUUUGUCACACUGACAUUAAAGAGGUUUGCAAAGUGCAAUUUUCCCAAUACUUGUGGUGUUACCAUUAUUAUUAUUUUGACUGAAAACUAAAAUGUUGGUUUUCUCUUCUAAAUACAGAGGAACCUCCCUCAUUUUAUAUUGUUGUUUAGUGGUCCCACCUAUAUAUAUUAUGCAUAAUACAUUUCCCUAUUUUUGCAUUUUCCUGGAUUUUACACCAUUUUUUCUGGUCCCCUGAAAAACAUAAAAUGGGGGUUUUACUGUAUUAUGAUCGGUCAACCAUUUAUGGAUAUAUGGUUUUAAUGGAAGUGGUUUUGAUCCACAAUAACUUCUGAAAUGACUAUCAAUUGGAAACCGCAGACUUAACAUAUUAGUCAACUCAACCUGAUUUGUGUGGCAUGUUGUCUAUUCAUUGAUGGCUAAACCUUGAAACCUUUGCAUGAAUUCUGAAUUCAGAAUUGUAUGUAUAUUAUAAGCAUAUACUGUAAUUAUGUUCAGUAUACCUUAAAUAUUACUUUAAUAUUUUGUUUGCUUUCUGUCUUCUCAGAUCACUGAAUAUUAUGAAUAACUUCUAGUCACAUUGGUCAUAUUUUUAUUUUUUGAUUGUAUUCAGAAUUUAAGAAUGUUUUGUUUUUUUUUUUGUCAAUUGUAGUCAUUCAUAAAGAAAACUGUGUUUUGGAAUAAACAGAUUAAUGCUUGAUGCAUAAA